AUGCCUCCGUUCCCAGACUUCGAUCUUUACGAGGCUCUCGAGGUCACGAGAGAUGCUUCCGUACCGGAUAUCACGGCUUCAUAUCGAAGACUUGCAAGACUUUAUCAUCCCGAUAAAAACUUGGACAAUGCUGAUGCUACUGCUAAAUUCCAAAAGGUUCAAGCUGCCUACGAAAUACUCUCCAACGAGCGCCAACGCGAAGCAUACGAUCAGCCGACAUCUUCUAGUCCUUUUGGUGGUGAAACAAGGCAACAGAACCGCCCUCAAGAAUAUUAUGAGGAUGAGGAUGAUGAGAUGGACGAGAUAGACGAGAUGAUGCUCAACCAUCUCUUACGAAUGUUCUUUUUUCGAGCAUCCUCGAGAUACAACCCUUUUCAAUAUACUUCAUCCGAGACAGAGAUAGAGCACCGAAGACGUGAGGCUCCCAUGAGAGAAGAAGAAGAAGAAGGUGCCCGAGCCGCUGCUCGACUCGAGAAAACCCAGCGUGAAGCUGCCGAACAAGCCAAACGUGUGGCUAAAGCCAAGGUGAAGAAGGCGAUGGAAGAUGCAGCAGCAGCAAGUAAGCGAGAGGUUGAGGCACAAUUAAGACUGAAGAUGGAGAAAAUAUUUGUUGCGAAUGGUUGUGCCACCGAUGCUGAGAAGCAGGCAUGCUGUGAACAUUGUUCUUUUUGGCCGAAGGAACAAAUGAAGAGAAAGUUCAAGUGCUUGAAUUGUGGCCAGAAAAGAGGUAUGACGCAAUACAAAUGCCCAUACUGUGCCUUGACUCUUUGUCAACAUUGCUUUGUGUCAAAGCAAUUCAUGAAGAAAACUUAA